ACCUUGGACAAUAAAGCCAGCUGGUAUCACAGGACAUUCAACAUCAGUGGCUGUAGCACAAGCCUGCAAAAUAAAACUGAACUGUAACAUUCUGCACCUACAGUAGCAUUUAUUUUAGAAUAUGCAGCAGCUCGUAGCUUUGCCUAAAUAACACCAAGCUGAAACAGAGGAUCCCAAAGCAAAAAUACCAAAACAUACUGAGCCAGUUAAAAGUGAACCAGCAUUUAUAGAGGUUAAACACACAGGAUCAGUUUUAUUUAUAAUGAUAGAUUACUUCACCACCAGUCUGCUCACUACUGCUGUAAGAUGGCUUUAACAUCAAUAAUACUGUCACAAUAACUGAUCAAACCCAAUAAUUACAAACUUGAUCAGCCACAUAUCACUACAAGUCCUUCUCAGUGACUCACUUAUACAUUUGCAAACCACAGACGGCUGCAGUUUGGUGAAAACUUCAAUGACACAAAACUACUGUCACACGUUUAACUGUGGAAGUUUUCACAACAGACAUCAGAGACUUUUACAUAAAUAUGUUUCACAAGAUCCUCCUGCACAUCUUCUCAGUUAAUUACACAGAACAGUGGUUGCACCAUAGAAACACACACACACACACACACACACAUGUCCCUCCUGUCCAAUCCUGUCGCUCCUCGUCUGUAUAAAGGUUCGUCUCUCAGACGGAGCUUUCAUGUUCGAGCCAUGGUCUUCCUGUGGAUCCUCUCCUGCUUCGCCUUCGUUGGCGCCGCCUACGGUUGCGGCACUCCCGCCAUCCCCCCCGACAUCAGCAGUUACUCUGAUAUCGUGAACGGCAAGGAGGCGAAGCCUCACUCCUGGCCCUGGCAGGUGUCCGUGCAGAAAAGAAGUGGUUCCCACUACUGCGGAGGCUCCCUCAUCAACCAGAACUGGGUGGUAACCGCUGCUCACUGUUCCUUCAGGGAGUCUGACCUUGUGGUUCUCGGAGCACAUGACCUCCGCUCCUCCACCGAGGACGUCCAGGUGAUCGGGGUCGGCAAGGUGUUCACACAUCCCGACUACAACAAAACCAGGCCCUGGAACAACGACAUCCAGCUCAUCAAGCUGGCCAGCCCCGCCCAGAUAAACAGGCAUGUUUCAGCCGUGUGCGUGGCCGAGACCACAGACAAUUUCCCUGCAGGCACAAUGUGCAUGAUCACCGGCUGGGGCAAGACCAGCGGCAACGGUAAAACGGCCACCCGGCUGCAGCAGGCAGCCCUCCCCCUGCUGACCAAUAGUGAGUGCAGUCAAUUCAAACCCCCAAUCACCUCCAAUAUGAUCUGUGCCGGAGCCAACGGAACCUCCAGCUGCAACGGCGACUCUGGAGGUCCUCUGGUCUGUCAGAAGGCUGGUGCCUGGACUCUGGUUGGUGUCAUGUCCUUUGGAAUAAAAGGCUGCGAUACUAUGAAGUCUCGGGUGUACGUCCGCGUCACAGCACUGCGCGCCUGGAUAGACCGGACCAUCGCCGCCAACUGAGAGAGUUUCACUUGCUCAAAAUGAAGUUCAGCUAGCUUAGCUUAGCAUCAAGACUGGAAGGAGGAGAAAACAGCAAGCUUAGCUUAGCAUUAGACUGCAAGUAGGGGAAAACAGCUAUCUUAGCUUAGCAUAGGAGUGGAAGCAGGGGGAAACAGUUAGCUUAGCUUAGCAUAAAGACAAACAGACCACAUGUCAAAAGUUUAUUAAAGUAAGACGUCACCAGGAAAGUGACUUUAUUUUUAUUCUACAGAAAUCUGAAAGGCUUUCUCUGUUGAAGCAAUUAUAAAUAAAUAAACCUAUAAAAAUGUAUUUUCUUUGUUUUAACGAGACAUUUACAGUUUGUGUUUUCCCUUUAAUAAAGCAUCAAUCUUAUUA